UAAAGCGAGGCCCCGCCCCGCCGCUCGCUGGCUGUUCUUGGGCAGGGGAGACUAGGCUGACACAGCGCCUGUCUGCUCAGUCCAUAGCACCAGCACCAUGCCCAUGAUACUGGGUUACUGGGACAUCCGCGGGCUGGCUCAUGGCAUCCGCCUACUCCUGGAAUACACAGACUCAAGCUAUGAGGAGAAGAGAUACAUCAUGGGGGACGCUCCCGAUUAUGACCAAAGCCAGUGGCUGAAUGAGAAAUUCAAGCUGGGCCUGGACUUUCCCAAUCUGCCCUACUUAAUUGAUGGACCACACAAGAUCACCCAGAGCAACGCCAUCCUUCGUUACAUUGCCCGAAAGCACAACAUGUGUGGGGAGACAGAAGAUGAGAAGAUCCGUGUGGACAUUUUGGAGAACCAACUUAUGGACACCCGCAUGGUGCUGGCCAGACUUUGCUACAACCCUGACUUUGAGAAGCUAAAGCCGGAGUACUUGGAGCAACUUCCUGGAAUGAUAAAGCUCUACUCUGAGUUCCUGGGGAUGCAGCCAUGGUUUGCAGGGGACAAGAUCACCUUUGUGGAUUUCAUCGCUUACGAUGUACUUGAAAGGAACCAAGUGUUUGAACCCAAGUGCCUGGAUGAGUUCCCUAAUCUGAAGGGCUUCAUAGCUCGAUUUGAGGGCCUGCAGAAGAUCUCUGCCUACAUGAAGACCAGUCGCUUCCUCCCAACACCGUUGUUCACAAAGAUGGCCACUUGGGGCAACAAGUAGUGCUUUGACAGAGCAGGAGGUAGGAGUUGGAAGCCCAUUCCCCUUGGGCUGUCAGGAGCCCCAGGGAGCAGCUGGAACCCUGCAGCCCAGAUCUACUUUACUCUUUUUCCUUCUUUCAUCCCUUUCCAGACCCCAGGCCUCGUCAACUCUCUUUUUCUCAUCUGAUCCAUGUCCCCUUCAGGUUCUUUAAAGCCUUAGCAACUCCUUUUCCUUGAGAAAAGUAGCCUUCUAAAGCUUAAAUGUCCCCAUAGGCUCAGUGUUUGAACACUUGGUUCAGCUGAUGGGUAUUUUGGGUAGUUAUGGACUCUGUGGGAGGGAGGGUCUCUGUGGAGAAAGUUGGGUUCUAGGCACAGACUUUGAUGGCUCUAGCCAAGCCCCCCACCCUCCAGCUUUCUGCUUUCUGAUUCAAUAAGACUUGAGCAAACUGUGCUGUAUGCAAGAUCCUAUCAAUCACUACAGCUGUGAAUCACUCCUACUACCAUGCCUUCCCUGCCAGGAUGGAUGGUAUCCCCUAAACCAUGAACCAGAAUAAAUCAUUCUUCUUUUA